CUAUCUUCUCUCGUAGUGACAUUUAUCUCCGUCCUUGUUUCUGUAACUCUGGACCCUCUUCAUAUCACCCCAACGUUCCGUCACACAUCAUGACUGCAGAAGCCGAUCAGCCCGCGCUUACAGCUACUGGUAGUACCUCAUUCUACACGCAUUCAACAGCUUUGUCCACCCAUGGUGCAAGCAGCUUAUGCAUCACUUCUCUAACAUAUCCCCACCUGCAUCUUCGACUUCCUAGCGCGGAGGAUGCUGCUGCACUUCUACGCCUCUUCACUGACUAUCGUAAUAUCCAGUACGACAAGUCAUGUACCGGGCUGGAUAGUGCUGAAGCUAUAGAUCAUCUGAUCAAGCAAUGGCAGGUCGUCAAUUUACCAUUGCAGCGAGCCAACAUUGUCGUCGUGAUUGACGGAAAGACUGUCGGCACCGGCGGCUUGGGUUGGAUUGGCAGGAGGAAGAGUGAUGGAAAGCUGAUAGGCGAUGCGGGGUUGAUGUUGGAGACGGACUUUCGUAAUUCAGGCUAUGGAUACGAGUCGUUAUGCAUGGUCAUUGACCAUGGCUUUUGCGUUCUGGGCAUGGACGAAGUGCACAUAGCUUGUGUAGACGCUAAUGCUGCGUUCAAGGGUCUGAUGAACAAAAAGUUAGGGUUUCAAGCUGAAAGGAUAGAAGACAAGAUGUUCGGAAAUGAAUGGAUCUGGCGCAUAACGAAAGAGGUAUGGGCAGAGAGUCCGCACUCUGCUCAAGGUCGAGCUUGACUUUGGGUGGACUAACAAGGAUCAUUGUAGGAGUUCACUGGUGGGAGUUACAUCAGUUCACGCAUAUAACCACGUCUCAUGUAAAUUUCAGAAGCACUCCUCAAUGUUGUUAACAAGAUUCAGUAGAUUAGCUUGUUAGGAAAAGAAAAGAAUGAAUGACCAGG